AUGAAGCUGUCGCUGGUGUGCAUGGUUGCAGUAACGGUCCUCUGCCUCGUCCGAUCUGGAGAGGAAGAUCUGGACCUGAGAGCAGAGGGGUCCCAAGAGGCCACAGAAGAGGAGUAUGAACGGCUCCGAUUCAAGGAGGUGCUUUAUCUGGCCACGGUGGAGAUGCUCAUUUGCGGGUCCUGCGCCGCAACUGCAGCUGCCAUGUACUCACGCCAGGGGCAUCAACUCAGGCACCCUGCAGAGCACGAGCACGAGCCCUCGCUUUUCACAAAGGUGGAGCUUCGUAAAGAUCCCGGCUUCGAGGAGUGGGGGCGGCCGGACGGGCCCGGCGAGAGAGAGAGCGGUCUGCGGUUUCCUGCUCGGGAGGACUGCCAGCUCUAUGGCCUUGGAUUUCGUCCGAGCUCCGAUGGUUUGGAGUGUCUGGUGGUGGAGGACAUUCGCAGGGACUCCUUGCUGGAUCGCUGGAAUCAUCGCAGCCAUGACCUGUCCCCAGAGGAACUUGUCGAGCAGGCCAUGAUCACAUCACAUGGGCCCUUCCCAGGACGCGAGAAGUUUGGAGAAGCGGAGGGCGGGAUCGCAGAUGGUGCAGGUGGCGCUGGGCUCUGCGAUCGUGGCUGUGAACGACGUGUGACCCGGCAUUCAGAGAGGGGUAGGUACGCCGACGUGGGCUUGAUGCAGCAGCAGCUCUUCAAACCACAGGUAACUCUCUGGGUGCGACGAGAAGAUGACGGCCUCCACCCAAGCGAGCUGGACGCAGGUGUCUUCGGUGCGGAGGUCCCUCCUGUGGCGACUGCAGGUCCCGUUUCCACUCUGGGAGCCGUGGAGGAAGGAUCAGCGGCGAUCAGCGUCCCGGUUGUCGCGGCUGGGCCUUUCAGGGUGACGCUGCUCCCGGUUCUUCUGAUGCAGCCUCACGAAGAAAGGCCUCGGCAGCAGCUCUUUCGGCAGUUUUUGCUGAAGCCAUGCUUGUUCUUGUUGCCCCUUUGGAUGCUCCUCUGGCUUCUGGAUUGUCUUCAGCUGCUCUUCAUGAUGCAAAUCAUUCACCCCUUCUACUACUUUGCGUUUUGCCACACGGUCAUUCCAGCCGUCCUGGUUUGGUACCUCUUCGCCCUGCAGGCCACGGAGGAGCGCCUCGUGCUUGAUCAGCGGCGAUCGCGGCGUGCAGAGGAGAACGCAAGUUGCGAUGCGGCCAUGGCUCCUCCGAGCGUGGUGGAAGACGCAGCUCCGGUGCUCCUCAAGGAGCUCAUCACCCUGAACCCCGUGGCCAUGCUUGGGCUCGGCACCUGCGCUUCCAUCCCCAUCCUCCUCUGCUCGCUCUUCACCGUCUUCCAGACCAGGCGGGCGAGACAUGCUCAGGGCUUUGUGAAUCUCAUCUACGGCCUGCUCACCGUCUUUCAGCUGGCCUCGCUGUACCUCCUCUACCACCUGCGCUUCGCUCAGCUCCCGGAGAUGUAUCUGGCGGCCUUCUACUUCCUGAUCUCCAUCCCCUGCUUCGCCGUCUGGUGCGUUUGCCUGGCCUGCGCCAACCACUUUGCCAAAAAGGACGUGCAGCUGUGCCAGUCUCAAAGGAUCGAGCGCGCCAAGGAGGCCUUGAAAGCCAGUCCGCCGGCAGGGGCCUCAGGGGGCCUCCAGGAGCACCUCGACUUCGUGACAUGCCCUCCUUCGAGGUCCAGGUGUCCUUAA